AUGCCACAAAUGAAUCAACCAGUAAUGCCGAAUAUACAACAACCUGCACUCCCACAAAUACUUCAACCUACUUUACCAACUAUGCCGACAAUACCACAGAACAAUAAUAUGCCAGCUAUCCCUCAACCAAUGAAACCUAUCAUCCCUACACAACAAAACAUUCCUCAACCAGUCUUACCAACAUUACCAGUUAUGCCUCAACAACAAGUCGCUCCACAAAUCCCGCAACCAGUGCUACCACAAAUGCCAGUAGCUGCUCCGGAGACUAAACCAGUGAUGCCAACUAUGCCAACGCUCCCUAGUUUCUCUCCUGCUACAACAAAUGUUGCGGCAGCUUCAGACGCUGUUGACGAGGCUGUGUGCAAAGAGUUAAAGAAUGUGUUUGGCGAAGUGAUGAGCACUAUUGAGACCAAAUCGAAGGGUACACAAUACGAGAGAGUCACCACUGUUGCGUUAAAGAGAGGCGCUGCGUUUGAAAACAGCAUUAACAAAGUGCCAGCUGAUAUUGCCAAUCAUCUCAUCGAAUUGUUCAGAGAUUUGUUGGCAGGAAAGUAUCCAGAAGUGGACGCCGCAUUCAAGAAGUUGCUCGUGAAUAAGAGAAUCAACCAAUUCAUCCCAAGCUCAAGCGUGGUGUCUGUUAAGUACAUUAUUGAUGCCGCUAAACAGCUUAAGUAA